UUCUGUCAAUAGUAGGCUACUGCCAUUUUUUCCAAAGUAUAGGUGAUCACCUGAAGGCGGAAGAGCAUCUCCAACAAUGGCAGCCUUAAGCCUCGCUAAACUCUUGAUAUUUUUAUGGUGUGCAUUUAACACAGCUUCACAAACAGUUGCACAAAAAGGAAGAGGAUUUAUUGGAACUGAGGUGGAAAACACAGACCGUGUCAAAGUGGAUCAAGCAACGACACAAAUUCUUAAAAGCAGUCUUACCACAGUCUUCCUCCCCAUUAUCUACAUAGUUGUCUUUAGUGUGGGUUUGCCAGCCAACCUCAUGGCUCUCUGGGUCUUCCUCUUCAGAACAAAGAAGAAGCACCCAGCCUCCAUCUACAUGGCCAACCUGGCUCUGUCAGAUCUGCUGUUUGUCAUCUGGAUUCCACUGAAGAUUGCUUACCACUUCAAUGGGAACAACUGGAUUUAUGGAGAGGGGUUGUGCAAAGUGUUGAUUGGCUUCUUUUAUGGUAACAUGUAUUGUUCAAUUCUCUUUAUUGCCUGUCUGAGUGUUCAGAGGUACUGGGUAGUAGCACACCCAUUUUCACAAGUGAAGAAGAAUAACCGUGUGGCAAUACUUAUUUCCCUUUUCAUCUGGUUCUUCAUUUGGACCAGCACCACCCCACUCUACCUCUACCAACAAACAGUCAAGCUCAAUGACCCUGAGAUCACCACGUGCCAUGAUGUUAGUAGCAUUAACCCAAAUAAGGUAUUUGAGUCUAUCCAGUAUUCAUACUAUUACUUCAUGACAAUGGCUGUUGUGGUUUUCCUGCUACCCACUGUGGUGAUUAUAGUAGCUUACUUCAUGCUACUUCGUGCAGUUGGUAACUCAAUGACGGAAGGCAAUGCUGGAAAGAAUCGUAGGAAGGCUGUAGUGCUGAUCAUAACAGUGUUGGCUGUGUUCCUUGUGUCUUUCAUCCCGAGCAAUAUCAUGCUGGUGGUGCACUACUCCCUUUUAAGCAAUGGGAUAGAAAACAAUGCCUAUGGUUUCUACAUCACUACACUAUGCAUGGCAAGCUUUAACAGCUGCUUAGACCCAUUCAUCUACUACUAUGUAUCGGAGGACUUCAGAGCACAUGUGAAGAACAUGCUUCUCUGUCGCAGUAACAGGACUGUAGAGAGAAUGAGGGUUUCCUUUAGCUCUAUGAAGUACUCAACAAAAACAAAGACAUACAUGUCUGAUAACUCCAACACACAGACCAGUUCUUGCUAAUUCAAAACAAUCAAAUGUACAAUCACAUGUGAUGCAUAGACGGAAGAUUUAAAAGCGGCAUAUUUUAUGGAUAAGUAAUUGUUGGAUUGUUACCACCUGCCAAACUAUAUUGUUUUGAAUAAAAACAUCUGUCGUCCUUUGUGUUUUUAAGCGGCUGUCCCUCAGUCUUCCAAGUUCACAAAUGUUAAUCUUAAAAUCUGAUUAUUACUGUUUCACUGCUGUUUUUCGUUCAUUAUCACCUUUUUUUUUAAGUGUAGUAUAACACAUUAUGUGUUUUACUAUAGAACUUCUGUGUUACUGUACUUAAAAUAUUUAUUUUUCAGAUUCCUUUGUUUCUUUCUGUUUAUACCCCAUAGUGGGGCAAUAUGUUUUCAUGUCUGGCCUGACCUAGUGUUAUCAUCAUAUGCUAAUAUUAUUGUAUUACAUGUGGUAGUACAGUUCACUUCCUGAUAAGAUAACCGAGAAGAGAGGCCUACAUAAUAUCUUGAUGCAUCCCAUGAAUUGUAUGAUACUGGGUUAGGUCAUAUGUUUUAUCAUUUUCGGUGUGUUGUUCUAAGCUGCCAUAUUUGCACAAAACUGUAUAACACUUAAAUAAACAUUUUUUAAACUAA